AGUGCUGCCGUUUAAUUUAAAUUCUGGGUUUCCAAUUUUAUUUUGUUAUUCAAUUAUCACUCGUAUCCUCAUGGAUAGUUUAAUUCUCUUGGUUAGAUGACGAUUGUAAAGAAUUUUGCUCGAUAGCGUAUGAGGUCGAUAUUCCAGUGAUGUAUAAUGAUAGACAACGUUCUCACUCGCCGUAGUGCGUAUAGGCAUCGUUAAUCGUUUGACUUCAGACUUUUGAGACCUGUUGUAUAAGGAUGGUGCCUGAUACAAACUUGACGGAAGAUGCUACAUCCCAACAACCGGAGUCGUUGGAUUUUCGCUCCGGUAUCUUGCGCACGGUAAUCGCGCAGCAAUGUGUGGCCGUGGGUUGGCAUUCCAUCAGCGAGUCCAGUCUGGCUGCGCUGACAGACAUCAUGGAUCGCUAUCUAAAGCAGUUCUCCCAGAGAAUCGCUGCCUUUACUCAUUUGGCGGAGCGCACGGAGCCCGAAGUGGGUGACUUUCGUUUGGCUCUCAGCGACAUUGAACCGUGUGUGUCGCUGAAGAAUCUGCGCAGUUUCUGCGUCAGUCUAGCUGAUGAUCCCCUGGAGAUCGCGAUUGACAUGGUGCGGGGGAAUACACCAGAUCUUGCAAAAAGCGAACCACAGGAGAAAAUGGCGAAUGCUGUUGUGGAGAAUGGGGAAAAAUCGCACGGUACGGACGAACGCGAUUCGUCUUCUUCCAUCGUUCGUCCAGAGUGGAUGGACGAUGAUAUCCUCUUUCCGCCAGUGGAACCUCUCCAGCGAGUAGAGGAGGCCGAGAAAACUACGAAGGAAGAGCAGCUUGUUACAGCUGGCGUUCCGGACGUGGUUAUCAUAGCUGACGAAGAGGAAGAUCUUGAGGAGCCUGUGGCUACGAGCACGCUUAACGCUGCUGGCAGAGUUUCUCCAUCUAAACUCGUUCCGUCGACUCAAACGGCUUGGCCUCGCUCGCUAAAAUCAGUAUCGUUUGUUAACGGGGCAUUGGUUUACCCUCAAGAUUACGCGCUUCCUUUGGCACGUUUGCCGGCUUCUACACCGAAAAAGAUUAAGCACGACUCUGGAACUUCGGUUACAAUAAAGAAGAAGAAGGAUUCGAGCAAAGUGAAACAGGAGAAAAUUAGUGUUGAUGAAACCAUUAAAAUUCACAAAAAAACCAAAAUUCCAAAACCUGUGGAGCCGACGCCACCGGAAGUUAACGCUCCUUGUGUGGAUGAUCUAAAAAUCAAAAUCAGGCCACCAAAACCUAAAAAAACAAAGCCGGAAAUAAAACCUUUUAUAGACGUGAAACCAGUGGCGGACAUGCCGAAAUCACCACCGGUUGUUGUGCAAUUACCAGUCGCACCCAAGGAACCGGAAUAUACCCACCCGUUUCUGCAACCUGCAAAAGUGGCUUCUCCACCGCCGCCUAAGGUAAUGCUGAAGCUGAAGUCAGUCCCAGUUCUGAUCAAUAAAAAAGACAAGGAUGUGAGAAAAGACCAGCGGGUAGCUGAAGUUGACGAGAAGAGGCGAGGAAUUGAACUGCCGCAAAAAGUGGAUAAAAGCAAGAAACGGAAACCGGAUGGUGAAGACACGGAACGCGACCGACCAUCAAAGCAUAAAAAACUAACGGAUACCAUAGAUUAUCUACACGAUAAACAGCAGCGAACACAGGAAUCGACAGCGGUCAGCGUGAUUGUCCAAAACCGCAGACCAUCCGUUAUUGCUCCGACCAUGGCGUCGCCAGCUCCCUUCACUCCCAAGAAAGUGAAGAAAGAAGAACAAUACGAUCCUAUAGUGGAACAACAGGCCCAGAUGGAGCGUCACGAAGCCAGAAUGCGUCAGAAAGCCGAAGAGCGGUACCGGCUGGAACAGGAAGAUAUCCGGAAGAAGGAAGAACAAUACUUGUUAGAGCAGGAUCGAAUGUUAGCUGAGAAACGAGCCAAGAAAGCCGAGGCGAAUAAGGCUAGGGAUGCGGAACUGCUCUGGAAUCGGAGAGAAUCUGAUCAGCCUGUUGAAACCGGCGUGGGAAAAGAAAAGAAGCGCGGAAAGCCGCAAGGAGUAAUUCCUGCUGAGCGUGACCAUAAGGAAUCCAGAAAGGAAACAGCGUUGCAUCCGCCAUUACCUAAAAUCACUUUAAAGAUGAACAGCGGAAAGGAUAUUCAGGUAAUCAAAUCGUCAAAUCCACCACCAUCCCAGCCUUUAAGUGCCCCUCUGUCCGUUCCCCGCUUGCCAACUCAGACAUUGUUUGACAACACAUCCACGCCUAAUCUCAGUCUUCCCGAAAAUCUCUCCUUUAAUCCUCCCGUUUAUCCUUCGACUUCCACGGUGACGGCUACUACCGCUCCUCUGGAUUUAUCCAUGAAGCCAUCCAAGAAGCCGUCUCUUCCUCCAUCUUCGAAACCAUUGCCGACGGUCAGCGUUGUAGAGACCAAACCUGCAAAGCUGACUAUCUCACAAACUCCACCAUCCAAACCCAUUAAAGCAGUAUUACCCAUGGUGCAGACUCCCGUCGUACAGCCGAAGAAACAUGAAGAACCAAGUAAACCGUUGCCUCCUCCGCCUCCGCCAUCUUUCGUAGAAACAGACGUUCUGCUGCCUGAAGGGGACCAAAAAGUCUGGAUUUGUCCAUCUUGUGGCAAGCCUGAUGACGGCAGCCCCAUGGUAGGAUGUGACGAUUGCGAUGACUGGUUCCAUUGGACGUGUGUCGGUCUGCUGUCGGAGCCAACGGUGGAGAAGUGGUACUGUCCGCGUUGUCUCAAUAGGAGGACCAGUAAGAAAAACAGUAAAAAGAGCCGAAGACACUGAAUUUUCUGUGGAAAGAUUCGUGUAUUUAAUGUUGUAUGAUAUCUCUGUAUUUGAAUUUUUAUUUUUUCUAAUGUUGUCGUUAUGUUCUGGGUGUUGUAUUGUAGUGACUGAUGUAUAUGUUUCUGUUUGGUGUUCAGAAAAAUUGCAGAUUAGCAUGUACAGUUGAGACGUGCUAAACGAUAAAACGCGAGUACAGUCCA